UGACAGUCAACAUCAGCAUUGUUUAAACAAUAUAUAUGGUGAUAUAAUGAAUGCAAAUAAAUCCAGAAUGCCACGUUUUUCAAGAAUAAUAACAGAUUAGCAAAUGCAGGCACUGUUAAAUAUUUCAUUAAGUUCAACUAUAGCAAGUGUAUUGCAUCUGUGGCUUGUCAGAGGAUAUCUUGCGUUCACAGGCAUAGACUGAAGCAAUUGAAAUGGGUAAAAGGGAGUUCAUAAACAACAUGGUAUCUAUGAAAGCCCUGUUUGAUCACUUGCUAGGAGCAGCUGACUCAGACAGGGAAAGUGUAGACAACUCCAUGGGUGAAAACCAUGACGAGGCAGCAAGCAACCAUGCGGAGUCUAGUAGUGGUUACCAUAGCAACCAGGAGGAUGGCCAAUCACAGCAGAUGUCUUCACUGGAGUUGGAAAACAAGUUGUUAAAGAACGAAGUGGCUUCUCUUAACCAUGAAGUUGCAUCUGUGAUACAGAGAGCCAAAGCAGCUCAGUCUGAACUGGACAGUGUCAGAAGACAGCUGGAUCAGAACAAUGCAAACAUGUCACAAAGUGAUCAGUUAAUAAGAGAGCUGAGGUCUAGGGAGAGUGAUCUACAGGAAGCAUUGGCAGCAAAAGAUUCUCAGCUUGGGGUGCUACGGGUGAGAUAUGAAGAGGCAGAAAAGGGACUAGAAAGCAAAAAGAAAUUGCUGGGAGAGUUGAAUUCAGAGAAAAACAGGAUUCUUCAAGACCAGAGCAGUAUGAGUGGUGUGCAGAGCCAAGCUUUGGAAUCUCUAAAAGAAAAACUAGCAGAAGCUGAGGCAGCACUAAGAAGAGAACAGGAUGCAUAUAAAAAUGCACAGCAAGAGGCAAUGCAAAGACAAAGCAAAUUAGAAGCCGAACAGCAAAGUCUGGCAGCACAGCUGAGAGAUACACAAAAGAAGUUAUCAGAGGAGAAAGCUCGAGCUAAUGAGAUGUCCAACCAAAUGAAAUCGGCCAAGACAAACCUGGAUGCCAGCAAACAGGAAUUGGCAGAUUACAAGGAUAAAGCAACAAGAAUACUGCAGUCAAAAGACCGACUUAUAGCCACCCUAAAGGAAGGCUCUGGCAUGGCUGAUGCUGAUGCAGUAUCUAGUGUAGAGACUGAGGAACUUAAGCAAGAGAGAGACAUUUUGAAGGAGGAGCUGCAGCAAUCAAAAAUGACAGUAGACAACUUAAGAGCAGAAUUACAGGAUCUGGAGACACAGCUUCAGAAUGAGAGUGACACGGCCCAGGAGCAGAUCAGAUCUCUGGAGGAACAGCUUCGGGAGGAGACCAGGAGGAGGGAGGAUGCAGAGCAGGAGAUUUUAAAACAAAAACAGGAGCUCCAGUACACCCAUGAAGAGUUAUAUAAACAGAAGACUAGCCUACAAAGUAGGCUACAAGACAGAGAGGCAGAUAUUGAGAAAUUACGCAACCAGCUGACAACCAAAAGCCUUAGUUCUACUAGUGAGAGUGAGCUAGAAGGCCGUCUCCAUGCUCUGACAGAGAGUCUGAUACAGAAACAGACCAUGAUUGAAGCUCUCAGUACCGAGAAAAACUCCCUAGUGUUGCAACUUGAAAGGAUGGAGGGUCAGUAUAAAGAGGCUCAGUCAGCUGCCAUCAGAGCCAUGAGCACACAUGUGGCAGUACAUGAUGACGAUGAGAGCAGACAGAGAAUCCCUUCCUUCAUGAGAGAGAGCCCUGCAGACAAUAAUGUGGCGAGAAAUGUCAAGAAGGCAUACAACAGCAUUGACAAGUUUAGUGUCAGACUAGGAGUGUUCUUAAGGAGAUAUCCAAUAGCAAGAGUUUUUGUGAUUGUUUAUAUGUUAAUUCUUCACUUCUGGGUAAUGGUAGUGUUGUUAACAUACCAGCCAGAGAUGCAUGGAGAUGGUUUCACACACAACAACCUCCCAGAACCUCCAGGAAAAUUACCAGGAUAGACGAAGGAUUUACAACCACAGUCACUCCAAUUACCUUGAAAUUCUAGGAAAUUUACAUUAAAAAAAUCACUUCAUUCUCCCUGAUCAUCCACAAAAAUUAUCAGGAUAAAUGGAGUAACAAAAUACAGAUACACACACAUAUAAAAAUUAUUCCAGUCCCUGCUAAGUGACAAGUUUAGUAAUCCCUGAAGACGGACUUAGGCUAGGCAAAAUUGAUAAGUUGGUUAAUGAGCAUGAAAGACCCUAAUUGUGAGGAUUUUUUUUCACUUUUUUCACUGGAAAAAUGCAUUUUGUAUUGGUUUAAACAGGGAAAAUGUACAAUUGAAUUCAGGAAUACUGUAAUGUUGUUAUGCUCAAAAAUUGCCCACUUUGUGGAUUUGUCAUUUUCUACCCAUAAAAUAAAAUUGAAGAAAAGUUAACUGACCCUGAAGUUUGUUUACUGCGCUCAUUUAAUGUUGUGUUAAAAAUAUUGACCAGGUUCACAGAGAUUUGCCACUUGUUAAGCAGUUCAUCAAUUUUCUCUGGCUUAAGUAUUGAGUUUGAGACUGGAAUGGAGAUAAGUAGAAGAGAGUGGCGUUUUUAUUGUGCCCUGUUAGCUGCAUGGCCAAUUCAAAGACAUUUGUGUGAUUUGUGAAGAAUGGAAUUAUGUAGUGAAAAUUUAAGAACCCAGUGCAAUAAAGAAUUAUUAUAGAUCAUUUAGUGUAAUUUUGGCCUUGAAAC